AUGACGCUAGAGAAUUUGGCACCCGAGCUUAUCUCUAUCAUCCUACGAAAUGUCGACUCACCUCGUGAGCUCCAUGAUAUGAUCUCAUCAUCGCCGUUAUGCCUCAAUGUUUUCUCCAAAACGCCCGAAAGCUUUCUCUCGUCCGUGAUCCGAAAUUCGGUACCAAUGGAUAACUUAAGACAUCUUCUUGCUGUCCACCAAACUCCCUCACCAGCAACGAAGAGUACAGUAUCCGAAUUCCUGCAAAAUUACUUUAAUGGCUCCUGGUCUUUCGAUUUUCCUACCAAGAAAUCAGAGCUGGUGUUGCUUUGCAGACUUUACAACCGGAUGACAUUCAUGAUUUCCUGUUACACGGAGUGCAUGUGCAGGCUUGGUUUAAUCGACUCGGUUCUUAUCCUCACCUCAACAGAAUGCAUACGACUGCAGAGGGCGUACCUCCGAUUCGAGAUCUACUGUCGCGUUUUUCCAGCUAACAAUUAUUUUCCAUUCCAAACGGUUUCGGCGAACGAUGAAUUCUCUUCUGUUGAACAGUUUGAUCUCUUCAUUACUCGUCUCUCACCGUGGGAAGUGGAAGAGAUAGCUUGCGUCGAGCUACACGUCACUCUUAUGAUAAGGGAUUACAUUGACGAGCUUGAGAGUCAGUUCAUGUCCACUGCCGAUAUGUAUGCAAGACUUGCAUGGCCCUUGCUCUGCGAACCAGAACCCGGAGCAGAGAUAGACAAUGAGACGGAAAGAAAUCGUGAGCGGGAUAAUCUUAUUGAGCUCAAGACAUUAGACCAAACCAGGCUCUCGCUAUUCUCUAAAAUGGGCAGAUAUCAUUCUUCAGAUAACAUCAGCUACAUGGCUUCGCUGGGUCUUGACUUUAUCUACGAUUUAUGUACUGCCGGAGAAGGACGAUCCGAGUUGAUUCGGUCAAAUUGCCAAUAUUCUCGCGAGUUCCUACCAGGAGCUCUGAGAUACUCGCCAACGUGGCCACCAGACCACCGAUAUGAAGAAACCGCGUCGCUGAAAAAUGAUCCCUUAUGCAGCAACCUUGGCUAUCUUAUAUUCGGCAGAUUCAGGGAUGACGACAGAAUGUAUAAGCCAAUUACGACCACGGGCGGCCGCUAUUCAGGUGUUCGACAACUUGGGUAUGUGUUCUGGGACUCAAAGAGGAUAUUGUGUCCCAAGAUUUAUAACAAGCUUGAAGAUAUGAAAUGGUUGCUAUGGCAGGAUAUAAACUUCCGAUUCCAUCCAGGGGCUCAAUUGGGGGCUGGAGAACGUCUCGAUGGUGUCAAGAUUCAUCGAGAUCAUAUGCAGAAGCUAGAGAGAGAUUUCGGAUGUCUUGACCGCCCGCAUUGA